AUGCCUCUCUACCUCGAAAACUACUAUAUAGUCCGUCCGGACGACCAUUUCAUGACAAGUUACAUGGUGAUGGAUAACGGAACCGUCAUCACACUGACCUACACCUUCUACUCGUGGCCUGUACUUUUCCCGAAUUUAAUCAAUAUUCUGGAUAUGAUAGUUCAAUUGGCAGCGAUUCAUUUUGUGUGGACUGGGAAAAUGUUUAGGAAGACAAAAUUCUUCAUGCUACUUCUCAUCUUCUCCACCACAAUCUCUUGGAGAUCCUUCACUUUUAUAAUCUGUACCACGUUAGCGUCAUCGAUCGGAACUGGAGUGAUCUACCGUAUCACCACGUACAUAUCCCUCUACACGGACGCUAUCACUGACUAUUUCUCUAUGCAAAUGAUAUUUUUGAUGUCUUUAAAUAGAUGUCUCAGUUUUACCAGGGAUACCUGGAAUUCUAGAAUCUUCGGAGGGUCUCGGUAUAUUCUUACUGUAAUUGGCAGUGGGGUACUGUCAAUAAUUAGUGCAAUUAGUGGGUUAAUUACCUCGAAAGUUUAUCGACACUUUAAUUAUCAGUAUGGAUUUGUAGACUAUGGGUAUAGUGUGGGCAUACGGGCGGAAAUCAGCCGGCUAUAUUAUACAUUUCAAAUUAGCUCUGUUUUCUGUUAUGCUAUUCUAUAUUAUUAUUUGAGAAAACAAAAUAAAUCGAUCAGCAAUCAAUCGGCGAACACGAACCAGGGAGAGAAAAAGGUUUUCGUGCAGUUGUGUGUGGCGGUUGUUUUGGAGGUGGUGAGUAAAGAAUUUUGA